GUGGCUGGGUCCGUGAGUCUCUGACCCAUGUGGAUCUGUAUGAUGGCUGCUAGAACUCUGGACUCCCCAAAGUACAUUCAUGCCGACGACGGUUCUGUUCGUAUAUCCAAAGGUCAUGCUGCAUAUCAGGUGGUGCCGGUGCCGACGGUGUCCGGGCAGAGUUUCCACGAAGACCCGGGUCCGGCCAACCAGCUCUUCGCAAAGCCUUCAUUACACCAAUGUGAUGCCGGAGAGAGAAGAAACCGACGUUUACUUCAAAGAAUUGCCUUCACACUUAGAAAUCGCUUUGCCACUAAUGGUGGGAGAGGGUCUGGGUCGUUGGAAAACCGUCCACCGAACUGGUUCGCAGCCAAGUUCCUGCACCGCUUGCCUGAGGAAGAGAAGAAACCACCCUCGUCCUGGUCGAACAUCAACUUCGACCCAACCCAACCUUUUCACUACCAGUGGCUGGCGGUCGUGACGUUGGCUAUAUUCUACAACCUGGUGUUCAUCAUCGGCCGCAGUGUAUUCUGGGAGCUCAACAACGCGGUAACAUUGCUGUGGUGGGCCUUGGACUACACCUGUGAUGGCAUCUACCUGUUGGACACCGUUAUACACGCACAUGAAGGCUACCUGGAGCAAGGCAUGAUGGUCACGGACGCAGUCAAGCUGCGCCAGAACUACGUCGCCUCCAGAAAGUGGCUGUUUGACUUUGCCUCGCUGAUCCCUACAGACCUCGUGUACUUCUACUGGCCCAGUACCGUCUGUCCGCCCGCGGUGCCUUGCCCCGUCAUAGUCAGAGUCAACCGACUAUUUAGGAUACCUAGGAUGCUCGAGUUCUUCGACCGAACCGAGACCAGAACCGGGUAUCCCAACAGCUUUCGGAUAUGCAAGGUGGUGUUUGCCAUUCUAGUCCUCAUCCAUUGGAACGCCUGUUUCUACUUUGCCAUCAGCUACGCCAUCGGGUUUGGCACCGACAACUGGGUGUACAACCUCAGUGGACAGAAGAACUCUACAUUGUCUCGCCAGUACAUAUACAGCUUCUACUGGUCCACUCUCACACUUACCACUAUUGGAGAAACACCACAACCAGAGAACGAUGUUGAAUACCUCUUCGUCGUUGUCGACUUCCUCGCUGGAGUUUUGAUCUUUGCAACCAUUGUCGGAAACAUCGGCAGCAUGAUCAGCAAUAUGAACGUAGCUAGGGUGGAGUUCCAGAAUAAGAUGGAUGGGGUCAAGCAGUACAUGAGCUUCCGCAGGGUGUCCAAGGAGUUGGAGGCGAGAGUUAUCCGAUGGUUUGCUUACACCUGGGCAAACAAGCAGGCCAUUGAUGAAGAUAAAGUGCUUGCAGCUCUACCAGACAAGUUGAAGGCUGAGAUUGCAAUCCACGUUCAUCUGGACACGCUCAAACAGGUCAGGAUAUUCCAGGACUGCGAGCCGGGACUGCUGGAAGAACUAGUCCUCAAAUUAAGGCUUCAGGUUUUCAGCCCAGGAGACUAUAUCUGCCGCAAGGGAGACAUCGGUAAAGAGAUGUAUAUAGUAAAGAGAGGAAGACUUAGCGUUGUAGCAGACGACGAGAGUACUGUGCUAGCCACUCUCAGCGCAGGCGCAGUCUUCGGAGAGGUGAGUGUUCUGGAAAUUCCCGGCAACAAGACGGGUAAUCGCCGUACAGCCAACGUACGCAGUAUUGGCUACUCGGACUUGUUCUGUCUUGCCAAGCAGGACUUGUGGAAGGCCUUGUCGGACUACCCAGACGCUCGGACUUCGCUGCUAGAGCGAGGGUGUCAAAUACUCCGGAAGGAUGGCCUUCUGGACGAGGACAUCUUCAGACUAUCCCAGGAGAAGAAAGAGGGGAUGGAGGAUAAGCUGAAUAGGAUAGAAAAAUCGUUAGAAAACCUCCAGUUGAGGUUUGCAAGGUUGAUGGCGGAAUACCUCAAUCAUCAGGCCUCUGUGAAGCAAAGGCUCUUAAAAGUGGAGAAAAGAGUGGAUUCCACAGACAACAGAAAGAAGAGACGUCAAUCUCCAGACUUCCUGUUGGACGUAGCCGCGUCCCAGGGCUCUCCGAGCAGACUGACGCGCAGAUCCUUUCAAGGAGUGCCUCAGGACUCUUGGGCGCGCAGACGACGCAAACCUCUCUCCCUCUAACACCCCUAUGACCAACCCUCCUCAUUCAGCCUGUACACAUAGCGUAUAAUCGAAUAGAAAUAAACGUUUUUGUAUAGUCAUAAACGCGAGGAUAAACUUUAAUACAUCUUUAUACACUAUUAUUACUCUAGGUGAUUUAUUUUUCUACAACAGAUAGGUUUGUUAUCGUAUGAUUUCGGACGAUCUCGUGCUCGAGGAUUAUGUGAUAUGGUGCGAUUGUUACGUAAAUAUGUUUUAAUUAAUAAAG